GAGCGUCCGAGUGGGUGGAGGGAGGGGAAGGGCGGGAGGAGAGAAAGGUGGGACCGGAGCCAGGCGGGAGGGUGGCGACUCACUCGGGACCCGGCGGGGUCGGCGCGAUGCGGCGGGUGACCCUGUUCCUGAACGGCAGCCCCCGGAACGGAAAGGUGGUCGCUGUAUAUGGAACUUUAUCUGACUUACUAUCUCUGGCCAGCAGUAAACUUGGCAUAAAAGCCACUAGUGUGUAUAAUGGGAAAGGCGGACUGAUUGAUGAUAUUGCUUUGAUCAGGGAUGAUGAUGUUUUGUUUGUGUGUGAAGGAGAGCCAUUCAUUGAUCCUCAGACAGAUCCUAAACUGCCUGAAGGGUUGUCAGGAUCUCACACAGACUGGCUUACAUUAAAUGUUGGAGGGCGGUACUUCACAACCACACGGAGCACUUUAGUGAACAAAGAACCCGACAGUAUGCUGGCCCACAUGUUUAAGGACAAAGGUGUCUGGGGUAAUAAGCAAGAUCGUAGAGGAGCUUUCUUAAUUGACCGAAGUCCUGAGUAUUUUGAACCUAUUUUGAACUACUUGCGUCAUGGACAACUCAUUGUAAAUGAUGGCAUUAAUUUACUGGGGGUGUUGGAAGAAGCCAGAUUUUUUGGUAUUGACUCACUGAUUGAACACCUAGAAGUGGCAAUAAAGAAUUCUCAACCACCAGAGGAUCAUUCACCAAUAUCUCGAAAGGAAUUUGUCCGAUUUCUCCUAGCCACUCCAACCAAAUCAGAAUUGCGUUGCCAGGGUUUAAACUUUAGUGGUGCUGAUCUUUCUCGUUUGGACCUUCGAUACAUUAACUUCAAGAUGGCCAAUUUAAGCCGCUGCAAUCUUGCACAUGCCAAUCUCUGCUGUGCAAAUCUUGAACGAGCUGAUCUCUCUGGAUCAGUGCUUGACUUUGCAAAUCUCCAGGGAGUCAAGAUGCUCUGUUCUAAUGCAGAAGGCGCAUCCUUGAAACAGUGUAAUUUUGAAGAUCCUUCUGGUAUUAAAGCCAAUUUAGAAGGUGCUAAUCUAAAAGGUGUGGAUAUGGAAGGAAGUCAAAUGACGGGCAUCAACCUGAGAGUCGCCACCUUAAAAAAUGCAAAGUUGAAGAAUUGUAACCUCAGAGGAGCAACUCUGGCAGGAACUGAUUUGGAGAACUGCGACCUGUCCGGGUGUGACCUGCAGGAAGCCAACCUGAGAGGCUCCAACGUGAAGGGAGCCAUAUUUGAGGAGAUGCUGACCCCGCUCCACAUGUCACAGAGCGUCAGAUGAGAAUUCAGGGCUGGAGGAACAUGCUCAAGAUGAAAAUGUUUUCCUUAUCACUUUUAUUUCUCCACUCGGUUGUCUAGAAGAAGUAACACAGUAAGGAAAUGAAAAAGACAGAACCAUUUAGAGGAUUAUGCUUGUCCUCAGUGGUGCACAAGGGGAAGAGUGGCUUUUUCCCACAGUCCGGUUUUCACAGAGAAGCACUCGUCUACCAGCUGUAGGGAAGUAGAUUAGAUUGCUGCCUUUAGAGUAGAGUCAGGGUUCACCUGGCUUUAUAACCAGGAAUGGUAUCUAUCGUAUUUGCUUUCAAUAGGCAUGAUGUGGAAUUACCAUCUUGGUUUGAAAUGCAUUUGAGGAUUUUCAUUUAUGAGAAGCACAACAUAUGAAAUUGUAUUUAUUGAGUCUCUGGAUGCUUAUGGAUAUUUAAAUUGUUAAACUUAGAUGAAAAUUUCAAGAGGGCGAUCGGGUUAUAAAAAGCUUUAGGGCCUCUCUUUCUUUGUCACACCAUGAAUAUGGUGAGAUCAGACUCCCAAAGGCUCUCUUUUCAAGUUCAUUUUAAUAAUGGUUAUUUUUUUAGAUCGAAAUAGUAGCUGAAUUAAAGAAAUCCUCUAGUCUUACUGGUUGAGGCAAGAGUUGAAGGAAAGACAUCAUUGUACAUCAUUGUCAGCUGAAGUUACAGUGGAACUCUAGCAACAACCUGUAGCAACAGCUUUUAAAGGAGCACUCUUCAUAAUUUCAUUCUAAGAAAGUUCCACUCAGUGCAGACCAGGCAAUUUUUUAUUUACACUACCAGCCUAGUUUCCUCCUGUACAGUCAAAAUAAGCAUAGGAAGAUACUUCAAAACCAAAAAAACCAAGGUGUGUUACCAAUAUUUAAUUCAAUGGCCAAAUAGUUUAAUCAGGGCCAGCUUAGAACUAGAUACUAAGUCUCAAGCCACUGUAAUCAACGCUGUAAAAUAUGAAUGGGUAUUGCAAAGUCAUCUUUUAGAGAGCUACACAAUAGAAGUGUAGCUGAAACCCUACAGUGGAGAAUGAGGGAUUUUAAACUGACUGUUCAAUUAUAGCCACCAAAAAAACUUAACUACUAAAAAUAAAUACAUUUGGCUGGUCCAAAAUGUAAUACCAGUCAGUCAGCACCUGUGGUUCUUUAACUUAUAUUUUCUGGUUUGGUUUUGUUUUAAUAAUUUUAGCCUCAUUUUCCUGAGUCAUCAUCUCUCUGCAGUAAACGGUGUCCUUACAUCUGCCCCCAAAGCAGGAAUAGCACUGUAUCCAAAGGGAUUCCGAAUUCUCCAGACUCAUCAGUUGAGGCAAUGAAUUAUUAAAACCCACUUUGUAUCCUUUGGGAGGAUGUCAUGUCUUGAAUAUUUACAUAGCUUAUUCUUUUAUAUAUACACAUGCAAAGCUUUCCUUACAGUGAAGGAUAUAUGCAUAGCGGGAGGAGAUCAGGCCUUUACAGGUAAAGGAAAGCAACUUCAGAAAUGAAUUAUUUUCUUUGCUUUAUUAUUUUUACCAAGACAGAGAAUUAUUGUAUUGAGAGAUAUCUAUUUUCAUAAUCAAUAUGUGCCUGAAUUAUAUUUAAACCAUUUCACUCUGUAGUAUAUUUUCAACAAUUAUAGAAGGUGUGGUUCAUCACUUAAGGGCACCUCUGUAGACAGAACCUAAAAGUGCAGAAGAAUCUGAACAAUGAAACAUGAUAGUCUUAGACACUGCAGAGUUCGGGUCUAAUGUAUACUGCAUUAAUAAACAAUGUGAAAUGCUGAAAA